AAUUCAAAAACUCGUUUAAAGAGUGCAACAGUUUUUUGAGUCUUACAGUCAUUACCCAGACUUUUAAACAGCGGUCGUAUUGUAACCGUCUUUUCCUCUCCACUCACUUCUCAUUCACUUCUCUCUCAUUCAACUCAUCUCUCAUUCAAAGUGAAUGUGAUUUCAAAAGUUUAAAAGUCGUUGUGUUUUGUGUUUUGAAAAACUACUCUUUUAUUAUAACAUUUGAUUGUCUUUUACGUCCAUUUGUGGCAACUUUUUACCGCUUUUAUUGUCGUUGUAAUCGCCGCCAGAGUUGUGGACAAUGUCUCGCCGUAACGACAUCGCGAAGAUCGAUAUACCGGAUCUGGUCUGCGAUACGAAGACCAACCGCAAGUACCGAAAGGGAAAAUUCUUGGGACGGGGAGGUUUCGCCAAAUGCUAUGAAUUGAUCGACACAUCCGACGGAACCAUUUAUGCGGGAAAAGUGAUCGCAAAGUCACAACUCGUGAAACCCGACCAAAAGGAAAAGAUGACUCAAGAGAUAACAAUCCACCGGCGUAAAACACUGGCGGAGUCUGAGGUGCGGUAUUACGUGCGACAGAUCGCCAACGCGUGCCGGUAUUUGCACGACAACCGGAUAGUGCACAGGGAUCUCAAGUUAGGCAAUCUGUUCCUCAACGACAACAUGGAGAUCAAAGUGGGAGACUUCGGUUUGGCCACAAGGAUUGUGUGCGAAGGCGACCGCAAACUGACGCUCUGCGGCACUCCUAACUAUAUCGCGCCCGAAGUGCUCUUCAAAAAGGGCCACAGCUAUGAAGUGGACGUCUGGUCGUUGGGCUGUAUUGUAUACACACUG